AUGGAAAAAGUAUUUGCUGCCCUCUCUGAAAAAAGUGAUAAUAACGAGAUUCAGAAUGAUGCCAGAAAAGUUAUAGAACACUCUAAUAAUAUGCUGCAACUCUCAGAAUCUCACAUUGAGAAACUGCGAUCCUUGAUGACCAAUAUUGAUAAAAAAUUGGAAGAAAUAAAAAAAUGA